ACCCGCCUUGGAAUUACUAAAUCGUUGCAACUUGCAAAAAUGUCGACUUCAGAGUCUAUAAAUACGGGCAAGGAAAAGCUCGAUAAUUGGCUUCACGAGAAGAAUUUCUUUACCGAUGUCUUAGAUAAAGUCGAGAAGAAGACUGGAGUGAAAAGGCUCUAUUUAUUUCUAGGUCUUGUUGGGAUAUUCGCCCUUUAUCUUGUGUUCGGCUAUGGAGCAGAUUUGAUUGUGACCUGCUUGGGUUUUGCCUAUCCUGCCUAUCAAUCGGUUAAAGCUGUAGAAAGUGCAGACAAAGAGGACGAUACACAGUGGCUAAUUUAUUGGGUGGUGUUCGGAGUUUUCAAUAUCGUGGAGUUCUUCUCGGACAUUUUGCUCUCAUGGUUCCCACUCUAUUUCCUAGUGAAGCUGAUUUUCCUGUGCUGGUGUAUGGCGCCUGUGUCUUGGAAUGGAUGUAACACUCUUUACCACAAGGUUAUCAGGCCCUUCGUGUUGAAGCACCAGAGUCAAAUUGAUAAAGCUUUGGAUAAAGUUGGAGAAAAAGUGGACGAAGUCGCUAAAGAAGCCAAGGAUGCAGCCACCGAGGCAGCUAUAAGAGCUGCUACUGAAGGCAAGAAAGAUUCCUAGAUGUUGGGGCUGCAAAGCUAGUAAUGAAAUCAUGCUGAACAAAUACAGUGACAAAAUACUGCUUUGGAUUACUUAUUUGGUUCCUUCAAUUUACAUCAAGAGAAUUUCUUUGGCAGUGCUUUACUCCAGUGAUACUCUUCACAAUAUUUAGCUUAGUAUCCUACAAUCCACUUUCAUAGCUUUUCUGGGACUAGAUAAUUUAUUUUGUAGCAUUCAUUAUACUUUAGGAUUCUCUGAAUCAGAACUCUGGUAUCUUUUUUUAAUAUGUUGUUAUGGUAACUUCUAUGCAUCUCGUACUUAGAUUUGAAGUGUAAAUUUUGAGGGAAUUUUCAGGUGUUAAGCACCACAUCUGUGUCACCUGCAGUUGCCUUGCAUGUACAAAUUUGUCUUCUUGAGCAAUGUAUUUUUAACAUGGAAAAUUUCCAUUUCUACAUAGACUUCCAAAUCUCCAGUAUUAUAGUAAACAGGAAAAACUGUUCAGGCAUUUUGUGACAAAGGCACAGUAAUCUCUAGCACAGGGGAAAAUGUGAAUAUUGUAAAACUGUAGUAAUUAAUGUACAUCUAAUUAAAACACGGUUAAAAAGAAUACUCCUUUUUCGAAAUAAAUACUAAGAGAGGGUCAUAUUUUAGAUUAACAUGGGGUGGGAACUUCUUAAAUUCAAUUCUACUAUUAAUUUUCUUUUGUCAAUUGUUUUCUUGUUUGAUAGAUGCUCCAUCAAUUUUUUUUGCCACUAUUGCACUGUUAUAUUCAAUCUUGGUAUAAGAGAUCAGUAGUAUACCAAUAAAUUGACAUUUAAUCAGU